UGUCAAAGUUAAUCUGACUCAUACCUGCUGUGUGAUGACACGAAGACACUAUCACACUCUUAUCACUGUGUGUCAGAGCUGUAACCGACAGUAAUUACCCGCUAUAAACACAGAUAAUGUGGAAGUUAAUGUAGGCUGCAGUGUAACGUACUGUAACGUAACCUUCACGCUCACUUGGAGCCCCGCAGCCCUGCAGCCCCGGAGCUGAGCGGAGCAGAGCGGCGGUCGGACCGGUGACGGAUCACCCCCCCGGGGACGGACAGACAGACUGAGUCAAGAUGUGGAGCUGCAGCCUGUGGGCUCUGCUGCCUCCACUUUACUCCGCCUUCACUGCUGCUGGACUCUGGGUGGUAUACUUUGUGGCUCUCAGUGAAGGGAGGAUUGUUCCCCUGGGUGCUAAAUACAAGAGAGGAAAUGGAUCCCAGUAUCCCCCCUUCAUCAGCAUUGCGGGGAACUUCCCACCAGCCAGCUGCAUCUUCAGCGAGGUCAUGAACUUAUCUGCGUUCGUAGGGUUCAUUUUGGCCGUCCUCAGAUACCUCCAGGUGAAAAACAAGAUGGACAAACAGUGGCUGAACGUCGGCUGUCUGGUGGCUUUCUGUGUCUCCUGCUUUGGGAUGACGCUCGUAGGAAACUUCCAGGUGUUCACUGAGGAGAUGAUCCAUAACUUUGGCACGUUCGUGACCUUUGGACUGGGAGCUGCGUUCUGCUGGAUGCAGUCUUACAUCACUCUGAGAGUUAAUCUACACAAUGAGGGGAAGAAGGCCGCCGUCGUCCGCUUCCUGUUGUCUGGGUUCAUCACCGUCUGCGUGGUACUCUACUUCUCCCUGUUGGGUCUGCGCCUCUACAUGCCAGCAGCUCAGAGCCAGUGGGCGCUGGUCAUGCUCUUCCUCGCCUUCCUCGGCACCUUCGCUAUCGAGUUUCGUCACAGCCACUUUGAAAUCACGUGCACAGAUGGCUCCAGGCGUCUGGUGAGCCAGUUAGACACUCUCUGAAGCAUCCCGGUACCAGCCGGACCAGCUGUAGGGACAUUAGACUGUCUGAUGUUUAAACACCCUCAGGUGCUGUUAUCAUCAGUUACACAUGAUGCCAGCUUCCUGUGUCCAUGUUUUAUUGUUACAGGCAUUCAGAAGGACAUAUCUUCAUUGAUCAGUUAUCUUUGUAUGCAAGGAUGUUUUAUUAGUGAAUUCAUUUAAACACUUUCAACACUGCUUUUUUGGAGGAUUAUGUGAGAUCAGUAUCAGUAAAAAUAUAUUUAAAAAAAUG